CAUUUUGACAGUAGUAAAUGAAUGAGAAUUUGUUGGCUGGAUGAAUUUUAAUUUCUAAAAUCUAAUUAGUAUUUACGAGUAAAAAUUGGCUCUGAGUGAUUAAAACUCUCGAAGCCACUAUGGCCACGUCUAGUGAUACUUCAGAUCCGAAUGUUAAGUCCAGGCGACCAGCUGAAUCUGCUUUUAAGCAGCAGCGUCUGCCCGCCUGGCAGCCAAUACUUACUGCAGGGACGGUCCUGCCGACUUUCUUCGUGAUUGGCAUCGCUUUUAUUCCCGUUGGAAUUGGUUUACUCUAUUUCUCUGAUGAGGUUAAAGAGCAUGUAAUAGACUACACAUACUGCAUGAAAGAGGACGAGAAUAUAACAUGCGCUGACUACAUCAAGCAGAACUUUAUGGCAGCGUGUACUUGCCGGCUGCCAUUCAACCUCACCGAAGGAUUCAAAGGCGAUGUCUACUUCUACUAUGGUCUAAGUAACUACUAUCAGAACCACCGACGCUAUGUGAAGUCUAGAGAUGACAACCAGUUGUUAGGUCGUCUAUCCAAUCCUCCAUCAUCAGAUUGUGACCCGUUUUCUUAUGACGAUGUGGAUGGGAAAAGGAAACCAGUGGCGCCGUGUGGUGCUAUUGCUAAUUCGCUGUUUAAUGAUACCCUGACGGUACAGACCCUAGAGCCAAGUCGUCCAUACACAGACGUGCCAGUACUGCGGACCGGGAUCGCAUGGGAUUCUGACAAGCAUAUCAAGUUCAAGAAUCCCCCUGGAGAUUUGCAAGUUGCAUUCGAAAACUACACCAAGCCGACGAAUUGGCGAGUCAAUGUAUGGGAACUCGACCCGAAAAACCCUGAUAACAACGGUUUCCAGAACGAAGACCUGAUAGUGUGGAUGCGUACCGCCGCCCUGCCGACGUUUAGGAAGCUGUAUCGGCGUGUCGACCACAGCCAGGAGGGCUACUUGGGAGGCCUCGACAAGGGCGCCUAUAUGCUCAUUGUGGAGUACAAUUACCCAGUGACGGACUUCGACGGGCGCAAAUCAUUCGUGGUAUCGACGACGUCACUUCUCGGCGGCAAGAACCCUUUCUUGGGCGUGGCCUACGUUGUAGUAGGCACACUCUGUCUGCUGUUAGGGAUCGUGUUGCUCGUCAUACACGUUCGCUGCUCCAAGAGCACAACGGAGAUGAUCAACGUGAAUCCGCGCACGCCGUACUCUUAAACUGAAGAGUUAGACAAACUACCUCCUGUAUAUGCACCUCACUUCAGGGCGGUAAGAUAACUUAGUAUCACGUUAGCAAAACGCAUUUUAUUAAGUGUAUUUGUGUUGAAGACUAGCCAAAAAGUCGAUUUUUGUACUUACGUUCUUAUGUUUUGUGACAUAAGCAUCAAAAUCGAACUGCAACAGGGUUGAUUUGAAAUUGUCGGUACGAAGUCUAUGUUCCGAUACGUCUACGCAUAUUCCAUCGAACGUUGGUUUUAAUUGAAAUAAUAUUGUACCAAAGUGACACGCAUUGGCUUCAAUAAUUUAAUUUUCACCAGCACUAUUUACCACGUAUUUGUCUUUUUUCUCGCCUUAGAUCGUGUCACUACAAAAAAGUUGGCAUUGAUAGUUGGACGUUCGAUCAAUUUCCAAUAUGUGUUUCAAACGAUGGUGUAUUGGCUCCAAUCACAAGUACAUGACACAGCAAGAUGAACCAACAUUGGCUGUUGAAAAAUAA